UUUCAAAUUCAGGUCAGAGAACGCAGUGUCAGAAGUGUACCGAUGGGUCAUUCGCAUCGCGCGUCAAGGUCAUCUUUAAGUGCUGGUACACCAGAUAGUCUCAGUGACAAUGAGAGCUCAUUCAAAUUGUCAACAAGAAAAACUAGUACUCCUUACAGAAGUGUCAUUACACCAAGUGGCAGCCGUCCAUCUAGCCGUCCAGCAUCACGACCGGCAUCAAGGCCAGCAAGUAGACCCAGUAGUAGACCAGCGUCAAGACAAGGUAGUAAACUACCAAGUCGAUAUGGUUCAACUCAAUCAUUAGAUAGUACAGAUGAAUCAGGUACUCCAAGUCGUAUUCCACGAAGAACACUAGGUACAACUGGAACAACACCGACGUCAAGUCGACACAACAGUAUUUCUGGAAGAAAAUUAAUUCCUCCAGUAAACGGGUCAUCAACAUCUCGACCUCGGACUCCCACUGGACUCGUAAGUCCUGCAAGCGGAGUCCCAUCUAGGCUUGGUUCGAUUUAUAGAACAUCGAGUAUCCCAACUCUUUCUGGUGCCGUAACACCAAAUAGGACACGAACACCUUCCAGUGGUUCAUCGACGCCCUUGCCACCGGCGUCAAAAUUAUCGCGCAAACCUUCAGGAGCUUCAGAUACUUCAGUCUCAGCUCUUCCAGUUUCAUCACGCAAAGGAACCAAACCCACGGCCAUUGAUCAGAGAGCUCCAUUUAGAUUGUAAUUAAAAUUUAAAACUAAAAAAAAACUUUAAAUCGUUUACGCGAGACGUAUGUUUAUAUUAUCAUCAAAAAAUUAUC